AUGUCCGAAACUAUUAGAUAUGUAGAUAUUGACUUUGAGGAGAAAACUGUUGUUAUAAAAGAGUGUUUCCUAGGAUUCAUUCAAACUCAUAAAAAAGAUGCAGCAAGUAUAGCAGGUAUAAUAUUACAACAACAAAAAGACAAAUUAGCUUUCAAAGACUUUCGAUCACAGUGUUAUGACAAUGCGCCUGUAAUGUCCGGUUACAAAUCAGGAGUGCAACAAAGACUCACAACACUUAACCUAAAAGCUAUAUUUGUUAACUGUGAUAAUCACACACUUAAUUUAGUUGGGGUUCAUGCUGCUAAUAAUGAGGUAGCUUCUUUGACGUUUUUUAGUACCAUACAAGCUAUCUGUGUCUAUUUUUCAAGAUCAACUCUUCGAUGGAAAAGACUGAAAACUGCUCUAGGUGUAUCGUUGAAGUCGAAGUCAGAAACUCGUUGGAGUGCCAGAGUAGAAGCUGUUAAACUGGUACAUGAUCAACUCGAAACCUUAGUAGAAUUAUUUGAAAAUAUUGCAGAGGAUCAUGAUUAA